GAACCCCAAGUGGUGUCAGAUUAGCUCUCGCGUGAAUUUUCCACAACGAUUUUCUCAUCCAAGUUCGAUCCGAUCGAAUCUGUUUUUUUUUUUUUUCUGACGAACACGUGUCCGUGUGUUUCGAUCUUGAGUAGAAAGCCUCAACCUUUUUUAAUCGAUUCCUAAAGUUUCACUCACUCAAAACCCUAAACCUAGAUUUUUGGCUUUCUGUCGAUUUUCGAUUCAUCUGACAGCUACUGCCUCCUCUGCUGGAUUCAGCCAAUCCUAUCUCUUCAAGGGGAAUCUGGGAACGUUAUCGGUUGUGUUGUUUUUCUCAUAAAAACGGAAACUUUAGUUCAAUUUCGAGGGGAUAAGAGUCAGUAACGAUGUCUUGGGCUGGUCCUGAAGAUAUUUACCUUUCAACUUCACUCGCCAGUUAUCUCGAUAGAAAGAUACUUGUGCUACUUAGAGAUGGUAGAAAGCUAAUGGGAACGCUCCGUUCUUUUGAUCAAUUUGCCAAUGCGGUUCUAGAAGGUGCUUGCGAAAGGGUCAUUGUAGGUGACCAAUACUGCGACAUUCCUUUAGGCCUCUAUGUAAUCCGUGGAGAGAAUGUUGUUCUCAUUGGUGAGAUGGACACAGAGAGAGAGGAGCUUCCUCCACAUAUGGUUCGCGUCUCAGAGACCGAGAUUAAGAGGGCGCAGAAAGUGGAGAGGGAGGCAAGUGAGCUGAGAGGAACAAUGAGGAAGAGAAUGGAGUUUCUUGACUUUGAUUAAAGCCCUAAUAAUUAUUGGCUUUGAUGCUCUGCUUUGGCUCGCAAGUUUUAUGAGGAGAGAGCCCUUUGGGUGUGUGGAUGGAGGAGAUAUGCUGGUUUAGGGGAGAUUUAUGUAGGUCUCAUUUUUCAUUCUUGAAGAAUUUAUUACAAAAAGUAGUACUAAUAUGUUUGUACUUUUGUCUUCUGAUCUGUUUUACUUAUUUUUAAAAUGGCAAGUUGUUUUACAAA